UUACCCUUUGGGAUAAAGCGAGAUCAGUAACCUCGACGAUAUGAUACACUACCGCCCACAUCCCCCAUGCGCUGGCAGCCCACCAUUUCCACUGUAGCAGACAUGUUCGCCAAUCCUCAGGCAGGAGUCUCAUCGUCAACCAUUUUUCGCUUGCAAAAUCCUCUUCAAAGUGAUUUCACUCAGACUCUUUCUGGUAAAGGGUACAGGCGGGCCAACCGACAAACAAGCUUGGGAUCCUUGAUGCUUAAUCCUCCGUCGCCAACAUCCAUGCACCCUGCUAGUUCAGACCGUGAUGCUGACUGGAGCGUAUGGCAGAACGAUUUGCGUACAGCAUUUGGUGAAGACCAGUCCGUUUUGACAGAAGUAGAUGUCAUUCAAUCCGUCCCGCAGUCCUUCGGAAGCCGCGUUCCCAAACCUUUGCCAUCAAAUCAUUCAGACACAAAUACCCUCAAGCCUCCGAGUUUAGUGGAGGCGGAACGAAACCCGGAGAAAGAAAAAUCUAGAAUUGUUCGGCUGGCAAAUCUCGUCGAGCAGGCACGCGAGCGCAGUCGAUGUGUUAAUGAACAUAAUAGAGUUGGUGCCUUCGUUGUUGGCGACCUUUCUAUCACUAAGUCUGCGAUGGUCGGCCGCAGCACCAGGAAGUCAAGUCCGAAUUGUACUUCGGCAGCCGAAUCCCCUUCUGAGUCUCUUUCAACUGCCAUCGUCGUCAUGGAUAUUGAAUCAGAUGUAGAAACCCCUUGGCAUUUAUCUAGACGCAGGUCGAGGACUCUAUCCUCAGGCUCAGCCCAACAUCUCAUGCCUUCCGUUCGCUCUUCUUCUUCCUCUUCCGCUCAGUCUUCCCCGCUCUGCGUUACACCUGAACUCCCUGAGGUUCCAUUACCCCUUCUUCCCCAAUCUGUGCCCAUUUAUCAUAUGAGUGGUAAAAGAGACAUAUCUUCCGAUAACAUUCUAACUACCUCCACAUCGGAUGUGUAUCCUUUGGAGUCGUCGGUUGCACAUAUGGCACUGCAUCAUAGUACACCUUCGAUUGACACCGAUUCAUCGAGUAUAAAGCAUGUACACUGCGAAUCUACUACAGCCCUACCUUCCACCUCCACAUUGUUAUCUUCGGAUGCGAACGCAUCUUGGCGCGCGGAGCAUGGCCCCUCUUACCUUUCUCGUUCACAACGGCGUCUCGCACGCACUGUGAUUAACCCGUCCUGUCAUGAUGUCCAAAACUACCUAUAUGAAGGGGGACAGACGGGUGUGGUCAGCGGAGGGGUCAUGCUUGGGCCCCAAGUUCAGGGAAAGAAAUCGGGGCAAAGAUGUCCUGCUACUCCGAAGGGACGGGAACAGCAUCAGCACCGAAAGACUAAAAAGGCGCAGGGAAAAAGACCGCCGAAACCAAAGAAUGCACAAUCUACAUAGACGGUCAACGUGCGGGACGGGAUCAGGAUUUAUUCUGGAAAGGUUACCAUUUCGCCCAUUCGAAAAAUGCUCUAGCCUUUGUUCCAGCCUUUUUCGCAACCUCCAGAUUGAUCUCGCGAUGCUUCUAGAUUAUCUCUUCGUUUUAUUAUUUUGUAUUACUACAUCUGCUGUCGUCGUUCCCUACACACUGUACAAGUUUGGCUUCUGAUCUACACUACGCUGUCUCAUUCCCUCCCUAUCCUUCCAUCUGUACUACCAAACCAUAUUUCCUACAUUAUUAUUGCAUAUAGGCAAAAGGCUCGUUCAAGUAUUAAAUGCUUGCGGAGUAGUGUAUAAUCGUCGACUCAACAUAGUUAGAAAUGUCAUCAUCUGUAAAUGACCUUCACUUAUUUAAUCUGACC